CUCUGAAGUAAACACAACAAUAUCAUUUUGUUUUACAAACGAAAAAUGGGAUCGUUGCUUGCUGUGCCAUGUACUUCAAAAGCGAGAUUGGAUGGAAAAACGGCCGUGAUAACAGGAGCUAAUACAGGAAUCGGAAAAGUAACGGCCAAAGACUUUUAUAAACGAGGAGCAACCGUAAUCAUCGCAUGCAGAAACUUAGAUAAAGCAAAUGAAGCUAUCCAGGAAAUAAAACAAGAUUGUCAAGGUCAAGAAAAUUUGGGGCAGCUAAAAUCCACUAAACUUGAUCUUUCAAGUCUACAGUCCGUAAGAGCAUGUGCUGAAGAACUGAACAAAGCCGAUCAUAACAUAAACCUUCUUGUGAAUAAUGCGGGAGUAAUGGCAGUUCCCUUUAGCAAAACAGUCGAUGGCUUCGAACUUACUUUUGGUACCAAUCAUCUCGGUCCCUAUUUGCUGACGAUACUGUUAUUACCUAAGAUUAUACAAAGUGGACCAGGUGCUAGGAUUGUUAAUGUUUCUUCUUCAGUGCAUCAAAUGACAUGCAGUGGACCAGAUUUCGACGAUUUGAACUUUGAAAAAAGAAAAUUUAAUACUAACCAGGCUUACAUAUACAGCAAAUUGGCAAAUAUUUUCUUCACCAGAGAGCUACAUCGAAGACUCAGAGAUCACGGUAUCGACGGAGUAAAUGUUUACGCCCUCCAUCCUGGUGCAAUCCAAACAGAAUUAAGUCGAAGCUUGAACGAAUCGAUGUUUCCAGGAGCUCGAUUCAUUUUGAGAGACGUCGUUGGGGGAAUCUUCUUCAAGACCCCAGAGCAAGGUGCCCAGACGCAGAUUCAUUGCUCAGUCGACGAAAAAUGCGCUGACCAGAGCGGAUUAUAUUACAGUGAAUGCAAACCUGUUCAGCCUUCGAAGGUUGCGUUGAACGACGAAAUGGCAGCGAAGAUGUGGGAUGUUAGUUGGAAACUGGUCGGAUUAGAGGAGAACUAUGAUCCAUUUAAACACGUAGUUAAUAGCGGGAUUUAAAAAUAAUAUAGAAGUAUUUGGAUGCAGUAAUAACAUUCAUCAUUUGGUACAGGCAUUAUUAUCUUUGUGAUAUGUAUUUUUUAUUUAAAUAUAUAUAAUAUAUGUACGUUUAAAGGUUAUUUAGGUUUAAAUGUUGUAGCAGUUGUUUGUAAACAAUAAACAAUUUUUGACUACAGAA